GCGCAGGGCAGGCCCGCGGCGGGGUCCUGCGGCGGCGGGGCCGGAGGCGGCGAGCGGCAGCAGCGAUGAACCUGGAGCUGCUCGAGUCCUUCGGCCAGAACUACCCCGAGGAGGCCGAUGGGACGCUGGACUGCAUCAGCAUGGCCCUGACCUGCACCUUCAACCGCUGGGGCACGCUGCUGGCCGUGGGCUGCAACGAUGGGCGCAUCGUCAUCUGGGACUUCCUCACCAGGGGCAUCGCCAAGAUCAUCAGCGCUCACAUCCACCCUGUCUGCUCGCUCUGCUGGAGUCGAGAUGGCCACAAGCUGGUGAGUGCUUCGACUGACAACAUCGUGUCCCAGUGGGAUGUCCUCUCUGGAGACUGUGACCAGAGGUUUCGGUUUCCAUCACCUAUCCUGAAAGUUCAGUACCACCCUCGAGACCAAAACAGAGUCUUGGUUUGCCCCAUGAAGUCGGCGCCGGUGAUGCUGACGCUGUCGGACUCCAAGCACGUAGUGCUCCCUGUGGAUGAUGACUCUGAUCUCAAUGUUGUGGCCUCCUUUGACAGGAGAGGGGAAUACAUUUACACAGGCAAUGCCAAGGGGAAGAUCUUAGUCUUAAAAACAGAAACUCAGGACCUUGUGGCCUCCUUCAGAGUGACAACUGGAACCAGCAACACCACAGCAAUUAAAUCCAUUGAGUUUGCUCGGAAGGGAAGCUGCUUUUUGAUCAACACAGCAGACAGGAUCAUCAGGGUGUAUGAUGGCCGCGAGAUCCUCACCUGUGGCCGAGAUGGAGAGCCUGAACCCAUGCAGAAGCUGCAGGACUUAGUGAACAGGACACCCUGGAAGAAGUGCUGCUUCUCCGGGGAUGGGGAGUACAUCGUGGCAGGCUCAGCACGCCAGCACGCCCUCUACAUCUGGGAGAAGAGCAUUGGGAAUCUGGUGAAGAUCCUCCAUGGGACCAGAGGAGAGCUGCUCUUGGAUGUUGCAUGGCAUCCUGUCCGACCCAUCAUAGCCUCUAUUUCCAGUGGUGUGGUGUCAAUAUGGGCUCAGAAUCAAGUGGAAAACUGGAGUGCCUUUGCACCUGACUUCAAAGAGCUGGAUGAAAAUGUGGAAUAUGAGGAGAGAGAAUCAGAGUUUGACAUUGAAGAUGAAGAUAAAAGUGAACCAGAACAGACAGGUGCUGAUGCAGCAGAAGAUGAAGAAGUGGAUGUAACUAGUGUGGAUCCCAUAGCUGCCUUCUGUAGCAGUGAUGAAGAACUGGAGGACUCCAAAGCUCUGCUUUAUUUACCCAUUGCUCCUGAAGUGGAAGAUCCAGAAGAAAACCCUUAUGGACCUCCACCAGAUGCAGUUCAGAGCUCGUUGGCUGAUGAGGGAAUAGGUUCUGAGAAGAAGAGGCAAUCCUCCUCUGAUGGACCUCAGGCACCAAAGAAGAAGCCCAAAACCACCAAUGUUGAACUCCAAGGAGUUCCUAAUGAUGAGGUCCAUCCGCUGCUGGGUGUGAAGGGAGAUGGUAAAUCCAAGAAGAAGCAAGCAGGCAGGCCUAAAGGAUCAAAAGGUAAAGACAAAGAUUCUCCAUUUAAGCCGAAACUCUACAAAGGGGACAGAGGUUCUUUACCUCUGGAAGGAGCAGCGAAGGGUAAAGUGCAGGCGGAGCUGGGACAGCCCUUGACAGCAGGUGGUGCAAUCUCAGAACUGUUAUGAAGAAACUCUUCUGUCUCUUCCUGUGUUCUUUCCUUUAUUGCCACCCUAACAUGGAAAAUAGCUUAAAUGCUCAGUCAGAGUGGACUGACUCAAGCAGCAGACUGCUCAUGCCUUCAGGGAGUGACUUUUGUAAGGAUAUGGAAGAGGAAACAGCCUCCCCUGCUCCUUCACUGCCUCUUCAGUGGACAGUGUGCAAGAUGCUGGCUCUCAGGUCAUGUCAUUUGCAAAGAGACUAAAACUGGACUGACUUUGUGUUGGGCUUAAAUACUUCUCAAGUGAGCUGGUACCCACCCCUGCCACUCCAGAGCCUCUCAGCCAUUGGGGUUGGUUUUUUAUCCCAGCCCUGGAUUGAAGAAUGCCCCAAAUGUGUGAUUUUUGUUUCCUGCCUGCUGUGUGUCCCUUUUCUUUGCUGUUCAUUUUCAUGUCCCCUGGGUUGUAACUCCUCCUGUGCCAGCUAGGUGACCUUGCCCAGCUCAUCUCUUAGCUCAGUGGGAUGCCUUCUGUGCUGACAGGCUUAGUGAAACCACCACUUCUGCUGCUCAUGUGCCAGGUUGGAUUUCAUCUCAAGUGGAUAGAGCUGCAAUGGUGAAGAGUGAAGACACCCUCUGAAGCCUGCACAGAAUGAAUCUUCAUCUUGGGAAGAUUUUAGAGGUGAAGGGUGGCUGCUGAUGGGAGAAGGAACGAGUGAAAAGAGCUCUAGGUGCAGUGCUCAGCUUGUAGAGUGUUUGCCUCUAGCCUGUGAUGUGAAAAGCUCUCUUGGCACUUUCCUUCUGUCCUUGCAAGUGUUUUUAUUUGGCCUCCUUCCUCUGAGGUGUCCUACCAGGAAAUUUUACUUCCUUUCUACCUUAGCUGGCACUUAGAGUCAAAACAGAACUAAGAUCACUGCAACAGUUUGCCAGAUUGCUUUUUCCUCUCUCUCCCCCCCCACUUCUGGAUCAAGAAUGGAGAAAAGUUGACUGCUUACAGCUCCUUCCCCUCAACCUUUAACCUUUUAUCCCUGCUCCUUGUGGGAAUAAUGGCAGGAGACUCAAUCCCACACCUGCACCUGUGCUAAAGCAACCAGCUGUGGAGAGGAAGUUUUCAUUCCUCAUUCCCCUUCCUCGUAGACUUUAAUGAUUCCUAUGCAAUUCCUGUCAGGUUUAUUCCCAGAGGCCAUGCUUGAGCUUAGCACAGCUAAAUAGAAUUCCCAAGUAUCCUGCAGGCAUUCAAAGCCCAGAAGAGGAGGAAUCAGUUAGAAGCAUGCAGUAGUUACCUGAAGAUACAAGUGUGGGAUGGAGAGGAGAUGUUGGCAAUCAGAAGGGCUUUGAGCUUCUCUUUUCACUUCUGCUUUUAGGCUUCAUGGAGUGAAUCCAUUCCUCUUUGCCCAGGGUUUCAUUCUGCUUGUAGGAUGAGUCACAUCUUUGCUGGGACACCAGAAGGUGAAACCCACCCCUGUGUGGUAUGGCUGAAGCCCAGAAGCUUUAAGGGUUGCACAGGCAAUGCUUUUCUGGAUCCUUUUUAAAGCAGUUGCUUUGGCUUUCCUCUGCUCAGACUUCUCUGUACAGUGUAUAUGUCCCUGGGGGGUUAUUUUCUUUCCUCCACCUAUUUUAUUUGAUCUUAUUUGUUUUGGGGGGGGGAGGGGGUAGUUUUGUACAGUAUUUGUUGGGUAUAGGCUUGCUGGUAGCAUAGAGCAAUGCUGUUAGGGGUUGUGUUUGUAAAUAAAGAGGUAUGUUUUAUUUCCUGA